AGAGAAGAGAACACAAAACUCCGAUGCUUCUCUCUCUCUGUGUCUCUAAAUUACGUUAGGAUUUCGUUUCUUGGUUCAUGUCUGGUCUAAUUUAAUGGCUUCUGUACCAUGUUCCUUCAAGCUCUCUGCGUAUUCCAGAUCUUCUUCCAAGCGUAAUGGAAGCUACAAGCAGUUUAGUUUAUUAGAAAGACGAAAAGAGAGUGACAGACAAGCUCCACAGUCUCUUACUCGCAUCAACCGCUUAGAGAUAUCUCGUAUAGCGCCAUUACAAGCAACGAUGAAUAGCCCGAGAGGUUUUGGACCUCCUCCUCCAAAGAAAACCAAGAAGUCCAAAAAGCCAAAACCCGGAAACCAAAGUGAUGAUGAAGAAGAAGACGAGCAAGAGGAAGACGACGACGAUGGAGAUGAUCGCGAGAGAGGUGUGAUUCCAGAGAUAGUGACCAACAGAAUGAUAAGCAGGAUGGGAUUCACAGUGGGUCUACCACUCUUCAUUGGUCUCUUGUUCUUCCCAAUCUUUUACUACCUCAAAGUGGGGUUGAAAAUCGAUGUACCGUCAUGGGUUCCGUUUAUCGUUUCGUUCGUCUUCUUCGGGACGGCUUUAGCUGGUGUGAGCUAUGCGAUUGUGUCGUCGAGCUGGGAUCCUUUGAGAGAAGGAUCGUUGUUAGGCUGGAACGAAGCUAAGAAGAACUGGCCCGUCUUUUGGCAGUCUUUUUGGAAUUCCUCAAACAAGAGAUAGGCUAAGGCAACACCCAAAACAAAUAUCUCUUUGGUCUCUUUGGUCUUGCCUCGAAUCCCCAACAAGAAGAUACUUCAAGACUUCUGAGUUUUCAUUUUACUCCAGACGCAAGACUAGAUUCAUAAUCCGAUGUAAAUUUUCCUGAAAAUGUGUCUUUGCGGAUGAAUGGUCCUAUAUGAAUUUCUUUAUUGACUCUA